UGGAAAGUCGACGGCCAGUCUUCAGGCAAACUGCGCGACCAUAUCGUCAACAAACACUUUGACCGUCGGGUCGACGAGAAGACGGACGCGUGGAUCGCGAAGUUGGCCGCCUAUCAGCUGGCGUUGAACCGAUCGCUUCGCCAAACGCCGUCCCGAUUGCCGACCGUUUCGUCGUCGACGGCGGCCACCGAUGACACGUCGCCGGAGCUGCUCGUCGGGUGCCGUCUCUGCGACCGUAUUAUCGAGUGCUUUAAACUGGAUCUCAUGGACAGACAGAAGCGUAAGUGUGUUUGCGGUUCGGGAGUGGAGUCCAACAAAGUGGUGGCCACUUGUCAUCUGUGUUCGCAAAUUUCGCACUACGAUUGCGUGGAACCGAUGCCCUUCUCAGGCGAAGACCUGUCUCUCUACAGAUGCUUGAAAUGCAAGCAUAAGACAGCGUUAUAUACGAUAUCUGGUCUGAAGUCGCUGUCAAAGACCCAACAGAGCGUUCAUCUGCACCAACACUUGGAUUACUUGCCGUACGCGUGCCGAGCGGUCAAAGGCGGCCAACAGGUGUGCAACGAGUCGUUCCCAUCCAUCAAGUAUCUCAAGGCGCACAUCAAAGCCGACCACAAUCUCGCGCUCACCGAAGAGCAACUGCGCGAACAGUACAUCACUCAUCGACUCAUUCCUAAAGUACAACAACUCAUCGACUUGUCUGUGGAGGGAGAGCCGGCCCGCGUCAGCCCCCCGGCGGCCAAUACUCAUCAGACCGUCGCCGCCGCUCGCGGAGGUGGAGUUGCCGGCGGUAGACGUACCACUAGUGGCAGUCCAAACACCAAUUCGUCGCCAUCCAAGUCACAGCCCUCUCCUCCCGUAUUGUCACCCAUUCGUCCGCUUCCAUCCGAUAUGAACGAUACGCCCAAUCGGGCCAUUGGUUUUGCCCGACGGACCGCCCCUACGAUCGAAAAUGGCAACAGUGCUAACGACGCGGGCGCUGCGGGUCCGCCGUUGCGAAGUCCGCCCCUUCUGGUCAACGCCAACACUCAUCAUCCAUCCAAUACAGUGCGGUCGCCGCCGAAGCGGCGUCGGGGUCCCGGACGGCCCCGCAAAAGCCCCACGAAGUCCCGCACCACUCAAUCUCUGGGCCCCAGUAAUGGCCACCAACUGAUGGCCGAUUCCAAUGUGAUUCAAAGGGCGACGAUUACGCCCAACGGGUAUAUCGCGGACCGGAACCCAUUGCUCAGGAGUCGGCUGUCGGAGAAGUCCCGCCUCUCGCGGCCGAACAUCAGUCUGAGCCGAGAGGAGGAACAGGCGUUGCGAACGAACAAACGGACGGCCAAUGGCGGCGCCGACGGUAGCGAUGAGAGCACCGGUUGGAACUCAGAUGUCGAAGAGUUUGAGCGCAACACUCAUACAAAACGGGUCAAGUCUUCGCCGGCGGCGGCCUCGAGAGCUGUCGGCUCCUCCGCCUCUACCUCUACUGCCACCACUCACUCGAACGGCUCUAUUCCAGUCACCAAUGGUCGCCCGACUCAGGCCGUCAACAAUAGUCGGCCCGAAGGCGUCGGUCGACGUGUGUCUCAGCAGUCGUCGUCGUCUCACGAGGAGAACAGCCUAAUGACGAUUCACAUGGCGUGCAAUACUCCCGAUAGAGAGGCCAAAAAGCGGUCGCAGAACUCACCAAACAGUGUCCAAAGACGGGAACCGACGGCCGCCGCAGCCGUCGGCGGCAGAGCUAGUCAUUCGCCGGACGUGGAGAACGUUGGGUCCGUUGCCAACAACUCGGAGCCACAGAACAACACCGCAGCGAUGGCCGGGCCGUCGGUGACUUCCGCAUCGAACAGCGAUUGGCUGCUCCACACGCGGCCCAAGAAGUUCCCGUACUAUCCGCAAAAGGACGACGAAGUGGCGUACAUACCGUACGGCCACCGACUGUACUCCGAUCACGUCCGGGCACUGAACCUCUAUAAGCAGACCAAUCACAACAAGCACAUGAAGGGCAAGGACUACAUGUUCGCCAAAGUACGUGAGAUCCGGUACGAGAGGCACGCGAACGUACGUCUGGUCAAACUGACACUCGUGGCGCUCCGGGACUCGGCCGAG